AUGCCUAGGCUCACCGGCGAAGCCUUCACAAAUGCCACCCAGACACAGGCAGUCACCUUCCUCGCUGGGCGCGAAGGAGGAGCACUGCAGAUUCCCAAGGGUCUCCUUCAACACUGGUCCGAGCCUUUGGCCGAACUAGCAGAGGCGAACGAUGGCUUGAUUCGACUGGCUGACGAGGAGCUCGCUACCGUGCGAGCGUUCCAUCAUUGGAUCCUCAAACUUCAGGACCACCUCCCGCCGAUUUUGAACAAUUUGACCUACAAGCAGCGUCUGAAGCGUACCACGACGUUCAUCAACCUCUGGCUCUUCGGUUCCCGCUAUUUGAUCCAGGAUCUGCAGGUCAUCACGCUUCGCCGCCUGGCUACACUGGUCGAGAAUCCCCACAACCUGCGCGUUCCCCACAUCCGGUAUAUCUGGGAGAACACAAACAGCGACAAUUCGCCCCUCAGAGUUUUGGCUGCAUGCGUGAUCGUCAGGCGGGUGAAGGAACCACGGGCGAAUGCCAAGCGUUGGGAUUUUUUCGGCACUGAACAGGGGCUGGAUGGCAUGAUGGUCAAGCUCCUGACUGCGGACAAGUGGCAGGAGUUCCAAGCGACAAAUUUGAGGAAGAGGGAGCCGAGCAGCCCGUGGAUGGUCUUCUAUGAUCAACUGGUUGAAGAUGGCUCGCUGUCGUUCUACCGUGAAGCUCCUGAAGCUCGGGCAGAUACAGUGGUGAUCUCCGACGACGAGGACUGA